UAGUAAGAUUUUUGGUGGAUUGGUUUGCUGAUCCAGGUAUUAUGUUUCUUUACUAAUCCUAAAUGUGGAAAACGAAAGCUCUUUGGGGGUUUGGAUUUUCACUUUUCUUCUGGGUUUGUGCAGAAAGGCUGCAGAAAAAGUGUUACAGAACAAUUCUUGAAAAAAAUGUUGUCGCAGCUUUUGUGCGUUGUCGCUGAUGAUAAGGCCUUCAGAAUCCAGGACUGUACCUUUCUAUUUAGAGACUUCCCUUUCCUGUAGAUGUUUUGGCAAUUUGAAAAGGCUUUUGUUUGUUUUCCUUAAGGAAUCACACUGUCAUGCUGAAGCCCAACUCAAUAACAAUACUUAAACAGGUAUGUGAUUCUGCGAACUUCAUGGCCAGGAGCUGAGGAGGGAAGUGGGGCCCCUUUGUUGACAUUGAAACGCUAACAGUGUGAAAUUGUGCCCUUGUGUGUUUUUUCUGUUUGUUGCCAGCACUGAAGGCUUUGUUUAAUACAGGUUUUUCUUUCAAAAUGUAUGCAGGUGAGAGAACAGCUCGCUGAAAGCAGCACUCGGAUACUUCACCUUGUCUGCCAUGCAGCAAUCAGUGUGCAAGGAGUAGAGAGGCAGACAGCUGGUUGGGAAGAUCUGUUGAUUUAUUGAAAAUACCAUAGUAAUGAGCAUUGAUGGGAACUGAAAGGCAUCAGAAGCAUAAGACAAUUAAGUGAGGUUUGGGUAAACACAAUAGUAGCUUUGGGGGGUGAAUGGGGGUGUGUUCCUAGUUUGCUCCAAUAGGUUAGGGGACUGUGGACAUAUCCUUAGAAUAAGGUAAUUAUGUUUUGGCAAUAUGAAUUCAGAUUAGUAGUCCAUUCAAAUCAGGAGCCUUUGUAAGACCAAAGCAGUUGUCCUUUCAAUUUUGAGUAGGGCAAAUCCAAAAUGCUUCUUGUGUGUCAGAAGGGUAAAGCUAUGGGAAAGUAUUGAGGAACAAUGACCAUUGCCAGAUGAACUGCCCAAAAUGGCAUAUAGUGUCCGUGCAGACCUUACUUUGCUUAUGUCCUUAGAUUUUCACAGCUGUAAUUCUAAAAUGCUGAAUGCUAAAAUGGAAAACCUUUUUGUUUUGUCUGUUCUUCUUUCCAUGUCCCAUGUUCAUAGCAGAUGUGCCAUAUUAAUAAGAAAAAGUUUCUCACUGAGAACCUGAACUAUCAUGUUGAUCAGAUCCAAUGCUUACAAAAUAGGAAACUAGACAUUAUUGCAGAAGAAAAAAUGCUAGUGAUGUUACUUCAAAUAAGUAUUGCUUGGGAUCUGUGUAAAUACUUCACCAAAAAACUCCGCUUAACCGCACUGAUGAAUGCAUGAGUGGAAGUGCUCGUGCGGAGUCACCAGCAUGUCAGUGGGACUUCAUCAGAAUGGAAAGUAAAAUAAGCUUUGUGUAAUUCUCAUUCUGUUCUGUGUUCUAAUGCAUGUACUGUGAAUAAGGGGUAUUAAUCCAGAGCAGUAUUUGGUACAAGGAGAACAGAAAUAUUUGCAGAACUGUUGCUAGAAGCCUCUGGGUAGUGAUGUCUGGUGUAUUUGCUCUUUCUGCUUUGUGCAUCCUGUUUCCUUCCCAUUGAGAAGUUUUAGUAAUCUGGCAGUUAAGAAAUGCAGUCUUUCUAGCUCCUUUCAUGUGGUUGUGAUCUCUAGAUCCUCUUAUGCUGCUGUGAUACAUUGAUGCAGUGACAAGUGGAGGAACACAUUUAUAGACCUCAACAAACUGAGAACUAGAGUUGAAAAGUCCAGUGGAUCUUAUAUUUGCUUUUGUAGUUCUGUAAUCGCAUCUGCAUCUCAGUAUUUUGCCAGCAUCUAGCAUGGAGCCUCUCUGGUUUUAGAUAUGUGAUAAUGUUCUUGUUUUUUGUAACUGCUUUACUGCAAAAUAUUUGUUUGGAAAAUAGAUGUUUUCAUGUACUUAGGUAUUCUGUAUGCUUUUGUGGCCUUUUAAACUAGUAGGAAUUAUAUGCAUACGUUUCUGUGGAAUGCCCUGCUUGGAGAGUAAAAAGAAUGGGGUUUUAUAUGUUUUGCCUCAGGUAAGUUACUCACCUCAUGCUUUUUAUAUUCCUGCGACUCUCACUUCAAAAGUGCUUACUGUGAACAAACAGAAUAGAGCCAGGCAUGGAUUCUGGUGGGGGGGAUACUGCAGGUUGGCCCCAGCCCCAGCCAGGAGCUCUGUAGGCAGCCCUGCCACCUGACUUGAUUGCAGCCAGGCAGUUUUGCCGACACUUCUUCACGCCAUCACCAGUGCAGCUAAAUCUGAUCCUGACUGUGAAUUGAAAAUUACGUAUUUAUGUGGCUGAAUUUCAAGCAAUGCUGUAAAUCUGUGAUUUAUAGCACAGUGUAUUUGGAUGCAUAUGAGGAAACUUGAGGUAUAGGCAACCAUUUCUUCCUUGCCACCUUUUUAAGCUACGAGAAAGUAAGCUUCUGUCAAAAAUUGGAAUAUUCAGCUGCAAUCCACAAGUCAUGCUCUAGAUAGUAAUUUGUUUUAAAAAUAGUUUAAAAAAUAUUUUUGGAGAAUGUUCAGAAUAGCUAUUGCAUUACGCAGAAUUUCCCCUCUUGUAGUCUGCUGAGAGUAUGUUUUCCCAUCAGAACAGCUUUCCCACUUGUCCUUGGAACAUUUCACUUUCAUAUUUGAAUUGCUUAAUUACAAAUUAUAAGUAUUUGAUGUAGCCUUAAUUGGCCUGCUGUUUUCCAUAGGAAGAUCUGAAAGUGCUUUGAAAAUACUGAGCUUUAUUUAACCCUGUUUGCUCCUUUCCCUGUCUGGAAAAUUUCUCUUAUCUGUGGGAGUUCAGAAGGAAUUUAGAGUAGUUAGUAAUGUUCAAUGAAAAUGCUUGACAUCGGAGUCCUGUUUACCUUUUUUCUUUUCUGUUGGAGACUUUUUUUAACCAUUAUAAACUCUUCAGGUCUGUCAUGGUUAGGAGAAUGAACAUGUCCAGGAACAGGUUACAACAAAAUGAGCUCCUAGAUACUUUACACUGAAUAUGGAUCUUCUUCAGUUGCUGGGUGAUGUACCCAGGCUUUGGGAAGCUGGUCCUUGCAGUGGAGGACUGGAACAGCACACAGAGAGACGGGGAGUCAUCUAUAGUCCUUCUUGGCCAUUGAACUAUCCUCCAGCUGUAAACUGCAGCUGGUACAUUCAGGGAGACAGUGGAGACAUGAUAACAAUUAGUUUUAAGAACUUUGAUUUGGAAGACUCUCAGAAGUGUGCAGUAGACUGGUUGAUGAUUGGCCCAUCUUCCAAGAGGGAGGAGUACAAAGUGUGUGGAUCUUCCAUACCUCCGUCUUUCAUCUCUGCAAGGGACCAUGUUUGGAUAUUUUUUCACUCAGAUGCAUCAAGCUCAGGACAGGCUCAGGGAUUUCGCCUUUCUUACAUUAGAGGAAAGACAGGUCAGGCUGUAUGCCAGUCAGAUGAAUUCCAUUGUGCAAACGGAAAGUGUAUUCCCAGUACUUGGAAGUGUAAUUCCAUGGAUGAGUGUGGUGAUAACUCAGAUGAGAGAAACUGUACUGUCCCUCCAACAGAGCCUCUGUCCAGCAUCUGUCCCUCAGGAAUGUUCCAGUGCAGUGCAGCCCACUCCACCAAGUGCUUGAACAACGAGCUGAGAUGUAAUUCAGUUAAGGACUGCAGUGAUGGUUCAGAUGAAGAUAAUUGUCCUGAUCUUUCCUGUGGCAAAACACUGGGUAAUUUUUAUGGAUCUUUUGCUUCCCCAGACUUAUUCCGUGCUGAUCACAGCAGAUCAGAUCUUCGUUGCACGUGGUAUGUGGACACACAAGAUAAUCGACAUGUUCUGUUGCAGCUUGAUUUGCAGUUAGGCUACAAUGACUACGUAAAGGUGUAUGAUGGUAUUGGAGAGAGAGGUGAUAAAUUAAUGCAAACAUUUUCAUACCACAACAAUAGGCAUUCAGUGAGCGUGGAAUCAUCAAAGGGCCAGCUUACUGUCUCAUAUCAUGCCCGCUCCAAGAGCGCUGGCCAUGGGUUCAAUGCAACCUAUCAGGUGAAAGGCUAUUGCCUUCCUUGGGAACACCCUUGUGGAAGCGAUGAGGAGUGUUUCACAGAUAAGCAGCAUUGUGAUGGCUGGUGGCACUGCCCAAAUGGCAAGGAUGAGGAGAACUGUCCGGCUUGCCAGAAGAAUGAAUACCCAUGUGAAGGAAACAGUGGGCUUUGUUACUCAAUACUUGACCGCUGUAAUAACCAAAAGAACUGCCCAGAUGGCUCGGAUGAAAAAAACUGCUUUACUUGCCAGCCAGGAAACUUCCACUGUGGUACAAAUCUGUGCAUCUUUGAGACUUGGCGCUGUGAUGGCCAAGAAGACUGCCAGGAUGGAAGCGAUGAACAUAACUGCCUGGUGAUCGUUCCCAGGAAGGUCAUCACAGCUGCUCUGAUCGGGAGUCUCGUGUGUGGCUUGCUGCUGGUGAUAGCACUGGGUUGUGCAUUUAAAUUAUAUUCUCUGAGGACCAGGGAAUACAGAGCAUUUGAGACCCAGAUGACGCGGCUUGAGGCAGAGUUUGUGCGGCGGGAAGCUCCACCCUCCUACGGGCAGCUGAUUGCACAAGGACUUAUUCCCCCAGUUGAAGACUUCCCUGUGUAUAAUGCAUCACAAGCUUCUGUGCUGCAGAACAUUCGAACAGCUAUGAGGAGGCAGAUGAGACGACACUCGUCAAGACGGAGCUCGUCUCGGCGGCGCUUGGGCAGGCUCUGGAACAGACUGUUCCACAGACCUCGGGUGAGAGGACAGAUCCCGCUCCUGACGCCAGCUCGCACUUCACAGACUACACUGGGUGAUGGAAUCAUCAACCGUGCUGAUGGGACUAUUCGCAGUACUCCACCUUCCCCUGGAGGACCUAGUUUAGAGGCAGGUGCCCAUGGCCAAGCCAGGGACCUACAAGAAGCUGCAUGUAGCAGCUUGCAGCCAGAGACUGAAAUCACAGAGCCAUCGCCUUCAGAUGUCUUACCGAAUACUUGCACAGCUGCAUCUGCAGAGCCUGAGGCUGGACAUGCUGAUAAAUCUUUAGGUGCCGAGACCUCUGGCAGUGAGCUUAAGCAGUCCAGUAAAGUGGAUUCAGGAAAGGCUUUCAGAGAUCCUUUGUCUGAAAGUGUUACAGAAACCAUCCAUGGAGGGUCAGCAUCCGGGAGGACUGUGCCAGAGGGCAGUAGUUUAAGUAGGAGUCAUCCGCUGAGUGAAGAGCCAUGUAGGUUAUCCUUAAAAAAGUGGGAGUCUGCUUAUUCAGACAGCCCUAUGAAUGUUCAUAUCCAAGUGGAUGGACAAAACCAAUGUUGCCCUAACUCAUACCGGGAGGAGCCUUUGGGUAUUCAUGCGGCUUGUUGCCAUUCUGUGGAAGUGCCAAUGUUAGAGUCCUCUACUCCCCUCUCUGAAAUCAAUACCAGUGAUGAUGAAUCUUUACUUCUUUGCUAAUAAAAAUUUUUGUUUUGGCCCUGUAAAUUUUGUAACUUCAUUGUUUAUAUGACAGUGCACUUUGAUGAUAGUUGGUAUGUCUGUGCUCUUAACUUUGUUUCUUAAAACCAGUGUGCUUUCAUCCCCUAGGGAGUACAGUACAAGACUAAAUGGGACAAGUUUUUGUCUUCAUUGCUAUUCCUGAAACUCCAGUGGGGCAGAAGUAGGCCGGUUAUGCGAUGUCAGGGGCUAGGAGAGCAAGAAUGUGUCACUGUGGUUUGGAGGCAUCUCCAUCCUCUGGUAGUUCUUCUGUGCAUUUCUUCAUUCUGUGUUCAGGGAAUUAGUGUUUCUUUGCUUUUUAAGUGGUCUUACUGAAACUAGAGGGAACUCUGUUGAAACCUGGGGCAGGCACCAGUCAUUGUAACUAUGAGUACUAAACUAGAAAUAACGUUGUCUUUUUAGACAUCAUAAUUUAAUUAACAUUUAAUAAUUUUAAUUACAAAUACUUAGAAGGAAAUAAAAUCCUUUGUAGCUUCCUUUUAGAGAAAUUGCUCACUCACUUUGCUUCCUUCAGAAAUGUUUUGAUGGCCAUAUGUACCUUGAAGCAUCCACUAAAGCAAAUUUUCUAUGUAGAAUACCCAGAAUGGUACCAGGUGUCUUAUCUGGUACAGCUUUAUAAGAGAUCAGCAGUGUUCAGUAUAAGGGGAGUGCAUUGAACCCCAGUUGCAGCAAUGUUUUUAUGUUGCCAUAUGUUACAUUCUCUUCGUAGUGAUGUUGUGAACGUUGAAGAAUUGUUUGCUUUCUCCCUACCCUCUUUUUCCCCUCCUCCCUUCUGUUUUGAGGGACUUCUAUGAUUAUACCACUUAGGGUGUGCCCUGAAGGGUACUGAGGCUUCUCAGCUCCCAUUGGCUGCAGUAGGAAGCACUGAGCACUUGGUAACUGUCGGGAUCAGAAUUCUAUUUUAUUUUGAAAUACAGUCUGUUUCACAAGUUUGCUUGUAAAUCUGCUAUCUAGGUGCAGAUGUAUAAAUAAGUUUUAAAAUUUUUUAUUUUUUAGAGAUUUUGAUCUCUCUUAAGAGCAAAUAGAUCAGUGCCAUUUUCAAACCUGACACUAUGUGUAUUGUACAACACUUAAAUGUAAACUGGUGCCUUUUUGGUUUUAGAGUGUAAUUAAAAGCAAGCAAGUUAUUUACCUGGAAGAAGGGUGGCAUUGCUUAACCAGGAGUGACGCAGUGCGGAAUGACAGAUGUGACUACAUGAUAGCUUGGCCCUGUUGCGAUGGAUGGGAUGCUGGCCAGGUUCCCCCGUGCUCUAACAAGAGCUCUGCUUCAAUUCCUCUGUGACACAGUGACAAACUAAAACACUUUAUAUAGGAGUUAACAAGGGAGUUGAUGCUGCUGCUUUGCAAAUAUCUGUGUGCUCUGAAGCCUGUUCAUUGCUGUAGGAGUUCAAGUUGCCCAAAGUUAUUAACUGAACUUGUAAAAUUGAGGUGGGCCAGGGCUCUACUGUCCACUGGACCCUCCUGGCUGCAAAGGCAAACAGGCUUUUGCAGUGAACAGUUUACAUCAAAGUGUCAAAGAUCUUUUUCCUUUAAAUGGGCUAUAUUUUGCCUAGGAUCUUUUACUAGGAUUCCCUUUGAGGGAGUGCCUUAAAAAGAACAAGGAAUAGGUCUUUGGCUUUACUGAAAUGUAACAUGGAAGAAUUAAAUUGAAGUUUUUUUUUUUUCUCCUCAGUUGCAAAUUGGUUUCCUGCUGUGCAUUUGGGAGGCAGAAGAUUCAAACUCUUUAAGGGCAUUAAUAGCAGGAAAGGCUUGUGGCAAAACGUGUGACAAGCAAGAGUCGUAGUUACAUUAAAUAAAUACUGCUCACUCAUUUUUCCAAGUGCUUUUGUGAUCAGAAUUCAUUUCAUCAAAGGAAAUGUAGUUUUGAAAGAGAUCUUGCUUUCAUAGCAUUUGUAAACAUUUUAGAUACAUUCCACCUUUGCAAGGCCAUGUACUGUAGUCAUUACACUGCCAGGGUUGUUUGCAUCUAAGGCUACAGGUUUUAGUGUCUUUUUAAUCUAAAGGUAAUUUCAAAUACAUCUAAUUAAUUAUAUGUCUAAAAUAGUUAAUUAUAAUUGGGAGGAAGAUUAUAUUUCAAGGUUAAUAUUGUGCAGAUAUGAAGGACAUUAAAAGUAACUAUAUUGAAUCCUGUUACAGAAAUGUAUUUCUAUAAUAAAAUAAUGUUGAUCAUACUAUGCCUUAAACUAUCAUCACUGUAAGGCUCUGAAAGUUGAAAUAUAUGUACUUCAGAAUACUGCUAUAUUUUGGGAACAAUGCUGAACAGCUAACACUAUUUUAUUUCAAGAUGUAUAACUUCACAUAAUUUCUUACAUAUACAUAUUUUGUGUACUGAUCCAUUUGGUAGAAAUUUCACUGAGAACAUUUUAUUUUUAGAAAUGUAAAAAAAUCCAGGUUAAUGAAAAUUUGAUGCUUGAAGUGUACAGAAAUGUUCACAGCCCUCACUAGUGGAAUUUAUAGCCUUGCAUCUAGAGUUACGAGCCUGGUGCUCUUUCUAAGCAUCUAACUUUUGUAUUCUGCAAGAGAGUAUUCUCUCUCAGCUCCCCUAGCUCAUCCCUUCGAGGGAAGAGUCACAAAUGUGCUGUUAGUUUUGCAGAAGUAAUAUCUGUGUCUGCACUGUGAGCACAAGCAGGUGUGUGCAGUGACCUGGAAUGUCUACACCUGAAGAAACCACAAAGUCUGCCUUAGUGUUUGUCUGCCCUUCCUGUAGCGCUUGUAAGCAUUUGGCAGUGCAUCAACCAUCCUCAAAGGCACUGAAGUUCUGUUUCAUGUAAGCUGCCUCCUUCUGUUCAGAACUUCUUAAAAUUAAAAAAGGCGAAAAACUGCUACUGUGCCUGACAUGUGAACAGGAAGAGCUCAUUGUUACAUUUCUCUGCUCAGUGGAAAGCACCACACCUUAAUGACUAUACAGCUUAACAUGAAUCAGCUCAUGAACUUGUUAAAAUUUUUGUUAUUUUAAUGAUGCUUUUCUGCACUCUUUAAAGAUUUUUUUUUUUAAAGGGAAACAGAGUAUUUAAGAUAGCUUUUUUUUUUUAGCCUUUUUUUUUUUUUUGGUUAGAUCUAAAAUUCCUCUGUCCAAGCAGACAAAAAAAAAACUCCCUAAAAAAGAAAUCUCUGAAUAAAGACAAGAAGAAUGGAAGCUCAUAGGAAGCAUUAAGGAAAAGUGACCCCCUUAUGUUUUCUCUAACUGCUAUUAAAACAUGGCGAAUGUUUCUGUUUGAAAUUCUGGCAUCUUCCUGCUUGUGUAUGACUCUGUUAACAUCCCUUAAAUGUACUUGUUUUCUUUUUCUCUUCUUGGCUCUGUGGUUUGUUUUGUUGGUUGGUUUUGUUUUUUAUUUUUGUUUUGGUUUAAUUUACAUGUUGUGUAUAUUUGUUUAGAUAUAACAUAUAUAACAUUUUACCGUAACAUAUGUACAGGUAUAUGGUUCAGGUAUGGUAUCAUGGUUGCUGGUGUCUGCUGGUUCCUGGACAAUGAUACUAAGCAAGUAAGAUGCUGGGCAUCAUCAUACUUUGCUUGUGCUUUGGAUUUUUUCUUUUUUUAAUAAAAAUUUAUGUGCCCAGAGA